GUGUGUCUGCUCUGCACCUUAUGUCCCGAAUGGCAUUUUCAUACUUUCUGACACUUUUUGUGCGAGGAAUCUAGGAAAUUAGCCUCAUCACUGGCUGGAAAAUGUCCAGAAAAAAACCCUGAAGCUCUUUCCUCCCAUUAUCUGUGAGUGAGGCUAACAGGAAGACAACAAUGAGAGACACAGGAGGAGAAGGAGGCAGCGGAGACAAAAUCUCAAAAUCUGAAAAGGACCAGAGUUGGAUCCCAAAAAUCAUCAAGAAGAGAGUGUGUACCACCUUUGUAGAAGACUCUUUCAGUAAUGGCGCUCUGUGUCAGUGUGGGGGUACCAGAGACACCCAUGAAUCUGUGGCUUUGGGCGAUUACUUCAGCACAGCGAUUGUCAACCACUGGGACAGUGCCCAGCACUCCUCUGAAUACCCGACUGAUGCCUUUGGAGAGCUGCAGUUUGCAGGAGCCAGCAAGAGGCACAGCUAUUUCCUGCGUCUGUCAUGGGACACACCACCGUCUAUGGUCUACACCCUGAUGACAGCCCACUGGGGUCUGCCUUCGCCUAACCUGGUCGUUUCUUUGGUGGGAGGAGAAGGCAGGACAAAGGUGAAGACUUGGGUGCGGGAGGUGCUCAGGCAGGGACUGGUGAAAGCCUCACAAAGCACAGGUGCUUGGAUCCUGACAGCAGGCCUGCGUGAAGGUGUUGGCAGGUGUGUAGGCGAGGCAGUGAGGGAUCAUGCCACUGCAGCCUCGUCUGUCUCUCUCAAUAAGGUGGUGGCGCUGGGCAUCGCUCCCUGGGGCUUGGUACACAACAGACAGCAGCUGGUCAACCCUCAGGGCAGCUUUCCUGCUAAAUACUAUGUCCAGAACACAACCAGGGACUCUUGUUGCCUUGACAACAACUACCAGGCCUUCUUGCUGGUGGAUGAUGGGAGUGUGGGACGUAGAGGAGGAGAGACAGGGUUCAGGGCCAAACUAGAGGACUACAUUUCCCAUCAGCGUACAGGCAUCUGGGGCAGUGGCAGCAUUGACAUUCCAGUCCUCUGUAUGCUGAUAUCAGGGGACACAAGCAUGCUGGAGAGAGUGGAUAUGUCCCUGAAGAACUCCAUGCCGUGGCUGGUUCUCGCUGGUUCAGGAGGUCUGGCUGACUUCUUGAGCGACAUCUUGGAGAACCUGUCCUCGGCCCCAGUGGUGGUGCAGUCAUCCAGCGAGGGAGACAGCGAGGCAGGUCCCAGUGUGGAUCUGAAGGACAGAGUCGCAGAGCGGGUUAGGAAGCACUUCUCUGCUGAAGCCGAGCCAGACAAACUAGUAGAACGGGUUCUGAGCAUCUACCAGAACAGAGACUUCAUCACAGUCUACCAUGGAGAGCAGGAGGGCCCAAAUGACUUUGAUACAGUCCUGCUCAAAGCCUUGGUUGGAGCGAGCAAGCAUCGUGCAUCAGUCGAUGCCAGCCCUUACAAUGAAGAGCUGAAGCUGGCGGUCACGUGGAACAGAGUCGACAUCGCCAAGAGUGAACUCUUUAACGGAGACAUCCAGUGGAGGUAUGAAGACUUGGAGGACUCCAUGACUGACGCCCUGGUCAACGACAAACCUCAGUUUGUGCGUCUCUUCACUGAGAAUGGCCUCAACAUCCUGGACUACCUAACAUAUGGCAGGCUGGAGAGCCUGUACUGCUCUGUGGCUGAUGGCACGGUACUUUACCAGCAGCUGCAGCGCCGCCUGGUGGAGCGCCUGGGAAUUGCAGCUCCUGUGACAUCAUCCUCAAACAUGCAGGAGUCUCCAUCUAAAGUUGCAGCAGAGAACAUGCAGAGUGGCCCGGGGACGGAGAUCAGCCUGUUUGAGGUUUCAGGGGUUUUGGAGCUGUUAAUGGGUGAUGUCUGCCAGCCGUUUUACUACAAGGCUAUAGGCUUAGAACAAAUUUCAUCAAAAAGGAGAGCUUUGAGGCGUGCCAGUAAGCUGUUGCGUGGGGACUGUUUGUACAGAGGGACACGCUGUCUCUACCCCUGGGCUUCUCUCUUCAUAUGGGCCGUCCUGCAGAACCGCAGUGAGAUGGCCACCUUCUUCUGGGAGAUGGCUGGAGAAUCAGUGCUAAGUGCUCUGAGUGGCUGUAAGAUUCUGAGGGAGCUGUCCAAGCUGGAGGUGGAGACGGAGACCAAACUAUCCAUGAAGGAGCUCGCUCAGAGGUUUGAGAACAUAGCACACGACGUCUUCAGCUCCUGUUAUCGCAGCGAUGAAAGCCGCUCUUUCACCCUGCUGAUCAGGAAAUCUCCUGUUUGGGGCGGCACCACCUGCCUCCAGAUGGGCAUGGGCGCUGAUGCAAGGCUUUUCUUCAGUCAUGAUGGAGUACAGUCCCUGCUGUCUCAGAUCUGGUGGGGUGACAUGAAGAGAAACACGGAGGUGUGGAAGCUCCUGCUCACCUUCUUCUGCCCUGUCCUCUGCUACACAAACCUCAUCUCCUUCAGGGAACAAGAAGAGCAUCAGGAGGAGCAGCAGGGGAAGCCUAGUGAAGAUGGACCAGGCCGGGACAGUGACAGCCUCUACGGGACCACAAUCUUUUCUUUCUCAGACAUCAAACACAUUGAAGCUGAUGCACAGGGAUCAUACUCUCCCAGGACAGCAACCAUCAAAGGCAUACCCCACUCUCGCAGACCUCCAAAGCGUCCGUUCAUUGUGUCAAGAUGGCGGCAGUUCUGGUUCGCACCUGUUACCUCAUUUUUGGGCAACGUUCUGAUGUACUUCCUCUUCUUGCUGCUGUUCGCCUAUGUGCUGUUGGUUGACUUUGCACCCCCGCCGCCUGCAGGGCCGGCCAUCACUGAGUAUGUGCUGUACUUUUGGGUGUUCACCAUCGUGUGUGAGGAGAUCAGAGAGACAUUCUUUUUGGGGACGAAAACGUGGCGUCAGAGGAUCAGAUUGUACAUUCAAGACGUGUGGAACAAGUGUGACCUCAUUGCCAUCUCGUUGUUCAUCAUAGGACUCAUCUGCAGGAUGUUCAAGUUGACAUAUGGAUUUGGCAGAGAUGUCCUGUGUGUGACCUACAUGGUCUUCACCAUCCGCCUCAUUCACAUCUUUGCCAUUCACAGACAGCUGGGACCAAAAAUCAUUAUUGUUGGCAAGAUGAUGAAGGAUGUCUUCUUCUUCCUCUUCUUCCUGGGAGUGUGGCUGAUGGCAUAUGGAGUGGCCAAUCAGGCUUUGCUUUACUCCUAUGACCCUCGACUUGAUCGCAUCUUUAGGCGUGUUUUCUACCGCCCAUAUUUGCACAUAUUUGGACAGAUUCCAGUGGAAGAGAUGGAUGUGGGGAAGCAUUGGGACAUGGAAUGCACACACAACGUGUCUCUGAUUCGGAACGGUGAUGAGCCGUGCAGAGUUCAGAACAGUAACUGGCUGGUGGUGAUCCUGCUGGUUGUGUAUCUGUUGGUCACCAACAUCCUGCUCAUCAACCUGCUCAUCGCCAUGUUUAGCCAUACUUUCUCUGAGGUGCAGGCUAACAGUGACAUCUACUGGAAGUUCCAGCGCUACAACCUGAUAGUUCAGUACCACUCCCGGCCUUCCCUCGCUCCUCCUUUCAUCAUCCUUUCUCACAUCAAUCUGUUUAUCAAGAGGAACAUCCGCAAAGUGCCAUCAAUCAAGAUCCACCACUUUGUGCUGCAGUUAACAGGUAAAGCUGCUAACAGGUUAAUGACAUGGGAAACCAUCCAGAAGGAGGACUUUCUGACUGCCCAGAACAAAAUCCAGAAAAGCAGCGACUCUGAGAGGCUCAAACGGAUGUCUGCCAAAGUGGAUGGGGUCCUUAAACAUAUGACUGAGAGCAGAGAUUUUGACCACAGACUGAGGGCUCUGGAGAACGAGAUGGAGUACUGCUCUAAUGCUCUCAGCUGGAUCGUGGAUACUUUGGCACAGGGAAGCACAUUCAAACCUCCCCGACCUCCCCCUACAUUAAGAGAUGCUUUCCCCUCCUCUUCCAGUUCUUCCUGAUUCUGCCUUAAUGAUGCGUUCACUUGCUCAGGGUUGGUAAGAAACAGCCACCCACUGGUCUUACUGUUUUCCAGUCGGGUUCAUCAAUGGACUCACUAACCAAAUAAAGUUUAAAUAGCUUUGAACUGAAAAAAAGAGUGAAAGGAAAGCAACCAUCACUCCUCUUUACAGUAUUAAAUAAAUGCAAUUUAUGCACAUUUUAUUUUAGGUGUGCAAUCAUUUAAUGCCAAAGACAAUUUUAUGUAUUUAUUAUGUGGCAUGAUAUAUUUUAUGUUUUUCAUUUGCCUAUUCUAUUAUGUCUAUAUUGCUGUAAUUGUAAUCUGAUGGCUGGAAAUCUCUGUAUGGUUUUUAUAGGUGUUAACUGUUAGACUGAAACUAUAAUAAUGUUACAGGGAAAACUGUCAGAGCACAUUGGUUUAUAUUUUGUUGUUUCUGGCCAAAUAGUUGCUAUAAAUUGUCAGCAAAACCCUACUGAGACCAAGGUCUCUGUCCAUGUGUGCCCUGUAGCAAUAUUGUAAAAGAGAGAAAAAGACAAACAAACUUCAAACAAAAUAAUUACAGGUAUAACCAUAAUUGCAUACUCAUUCUGGCAGACUUAUGCCCUGGUAUAUUACAUAUUUCAGUCAGGAACACUCUGGUCAUACAUUUUAUCAUGUUAUCACAAAAUGGAUCUACAGUUUUACAGCAAAAAUAGAAGUGGCUCCGUGACAGAUCCCUGGGGUACUCCUUCACGUUAAUCUGUUAGUUAAAUCAUUGUGAAACAAUAAAACAAUAUUGGUGUUAUUGAGACCAGCCAGACACAACCUACUUUAUAAAAUGGAUUGGUCAGCCUUAUCAGAAGACUUUAAAAAUGGCUGGCUGUACAUUUUCUAACCUUACUAAUUGAAUUCAUAGUCACUUAUUACAGGGGUUGUUAAAGCAUGUACUAUAGCCAGGUCUCAGUCUGGAUUCAUAUCGGGGUUAGAAUGUUUCAGGAUAAAAACAAUAUUGCUUAUUCACCCAUGAUUCUACUAAUGUAGACAGAAAAUUUGGAACUGAUGCAGAGCAUACAAGUUAGUGAAGCUCCAUGCCUGUGCUUACUUUAGCUAAGCCUAUCUUAGCUUAGUUAAGCUUAGAUUAACUUAGUUUAGCACUAAAGCUGUGUCCAAAACCAUACAGGCCCUGCCUACUACACACUAGGACAGUGUAAUAUGUUCAUAUCAGGUCAGCAUGUACUUUUGAAGCAUGCUAUGUAAAGUUAGCUAGCACCUGGCUAGCACCAGGUAAUAUGUGGAAGAUUAGCAGCUAUGCUCAUUUCUGACGCAGAUACAUAUUUAUUAAAAUCUUAUUGGUACACAUUAAAUAUGUUAAGAACAGUUGCUUUUAGUUGUAUGCCAUUUGCUGGCUGACUGGAAAGGCUCCACAUUGGCUUAAAAAGCCACAGUGCAUCGUGGGACAGCUGGAUAUGUCAAAUAAGCUCCUAUCUUUCACAUAAAAAUUACAGUCAAUCCGUAUGCUCCAUUUAGCAUGUUUUCCUGUUUAAUCUUUGGCACAUAAACAAGAGCAGUAUUUGUCUUUUCAUCUAAUGUUUUUGCUAGAAAGCAUGAAAGGACAAAAAGCUGAACUAAAACUUUGACAAACUGCAUGUGGUGCAAAGAAAUGAAAUAAAACUUCAGUACUAGAGUCUCUGUGAGAAGUGUGACUAAAACAAGAGCGGUAGUUUGGCACACAGUAGAGAGAAGGGGAUAUGGGUAGUGUGAAAGGUGCUCCAUCGGGCUGAGUUUCAGUGUACCAGAGCUCUAUUGAAGGUCACAUAGUAGAACCAGGCUAUUGAAGGAGCCUUUACUGUAAAUAGCUGCCUGGGCCACCUGUCAAUCGCAGCAGCAGCACAAACUGAGCACAGCAGUGUCAUCACUUUCUGCCUGGCGGCUGCAUGUGCAGCUAUGUUCUCAUGUCAGUGAGCAUGUGUGUCUCACUCCUCAUGUGUCGGUGUCUAAGUUAUCCUAAUUUAAAGGCUUCUUCUUUCAAAGAACCUGCACUGCUCCUGAGUCUGAAUCUCCUUUCCUUUUUUCAAAAUCAAAACCUUUGCAUUAGAAAUGUUUGUACUUUCAGUGUAAACCAUUUCUGUGGAAUGUAAGCCUCAGACAAAUGUGCUGCACAUGAGCAGACCGCCAUCAUCUCAAAUUCCUUCUAUUUACAUCCAAUCCAUUCAUCAUCCUGACAUGUUCUUCUCCGCUGUGGAACUUGCAAGCAAACUUUUUUCUUUUGCUGAUUAGACUGUGUCUGAGAGGUGUUGGUUUCAUUUAACAAGAGAGUUUAUUACUUUUAUUGUAAGGUGUUUGUAUUUUUUGUGUCAUGUUUGCAACAAUGAGAGAGGCAUGUGUGUCUCCCUCCCUCUUCAGCCUUUAUCCAGAACAAACAGCAAAUGUUAAAAAUGUAAGUGUAAUAAAGUGUAACAGCCUGUUUGAGCAUGUACUGUUUAUUCCCUGUGUGUUCUCUGCAGUUUCACUUCCAAUUAAUUUGUAUUUUUCAUAAACAAUUAAUCAGCUGAGAACAAUCUUUUUUUUCCAGUUACAUAGAAUAAGAGAAGUAAUAGUAAAUUAUGUGAGUAAGAUUUUGAUUUUGUCAAAAAUCAUGGAACUUCGAGUGAAAAUUUUAAAAGGGCUGACAUUUUCAGAAAAAAUAUCUAAAAAUUUAAAAAACUUUUUGUAAUUUUUGCAAAGAUUUUUUGUAAAUUUAGUGAUUUUUUUUGGAGCUGUGUUUAAAACAUUUUUGUCAAGAAAUGAAAACUAUUUGUCAAGAAAUUUAUGGGAAAUUAUUUAUGGAAUGGAGAAAAGUUCAAACUUUCGGUCAAAAAUUUUCAGAAUUUCUUUAGGAAUUCUAUUUAAGUUUUUUGAAAGAUGUGACAAGAGUUCACAAUGUUUCCACACAUUCUUAAAGACAUUUUUGACCAAAGUUUUAAAUUUCCUUUGUAAAAAUGUUUUGAUGAAAAUUUCCAGAAAAGAAUUGGUGAAAGUUUGCUUAAACCCUUCAUGAAAAUCCCUAAUAUUUUGGAAAAAGUUACAUAAAUAUUUAAUUUUUGUCAAAAGAUUGACAUUUUUAUGAACAAGUAUGCCAAGCAUUUAGAAUUUACAGGAUGGGCUUAUUAAGUUUCCUAAUGUUUUGGCAGGACUUUUUGAAAGCUUUAAUAAAACAAUUAGGAAUUUUAGGAAAUAAUCUGUAGAACUU